AUUUCUUCACUUCUUAGACUUUUCGGGAAUUGUCCUCAACAAUGAUUAACUGGUCUGGAUUUGAAACGGGCUCUUCACUCUGCUUCGUCUUCAAUUCCUGACAAAAUGUGCGUGAGAUAUCUUGUUCUCCUGGUUUGGUUUCCAGGAGUGCUGCAUGCUGCCAGUGCAGCUGAGAAUUGUUCUGCUCCCAUUCUGAAUGGCGGCUAUUUGGUCCCUGAGCAAGAAGUUUAUUCUCAUGAAACAAUGCUCAGUUAUGGCUGUGAGAAAGGACUCAAACCAGCAGCGGAGGGUUGGUGGGGGACAAGCACAUGUCAAGAUGGCACCUGGUCUCCUCAACCAGAAUGUAUAGACAAAAAGGCCUGUAUGCCAAUAACUAUCCCCAAUGCAAAAUACACUGUCAACAAAAAUGGUUGGUAUGCGGAGACAGACAGUAUCACAAUUACAUGUGACCAAGGAUAUGGAGCGAGGGGCAACACAGCCAGAUGUAUGAAUGGAGCAUGGACCCCUGAGCUGGUCUGUGAGAGGAGUAGAGGAUCAUGUGAUGAGCCCCCUAAAAUCCCGCAUGCAGUCAUCAUUUCUCAGGGAUACCAGAGGGUGUUUGCCCAAGGCACAGAAGUGCAGUAUGAAUGUGAAGAUGGAUUUGAAAUGAGGGGAGAAAACAAAAAAACUUGCAGAAAUGCAAAAUGGAACGGACAGCCAACAUGCACCGAAAAAUCCGGGCCACAUCCUGGUGGAUCCUCAGGCCACCCAGAACCUGGUGACAGCAACAUUAAACCUGCAAUCGUUCCACCCCACAACUGUGGAGCUGCCCCUGUAGUUAAAGAUGGUGUUGUGCAUGUUGGUCUAACGUCUUUGACUUACCAAUGCGUUAGACAUUACAAACUAGUUGGUCCAGAGCAAGUGAUGUGUUACAACAAUGGAGAGUGGUCAGAACGACCCACCUGCAAAGCCGACUUCUGUUUUGUCAACACUGCACUCUAUCCAGAGUUAAUACCUACUGGAAGUUAUUUUUUAAGCGAUGGUGCGGGGAAGAGAUUGAAAUGUGUGCGAGAUCCAGAGUGGUACACUGAUCAUUUUAUUGAUUUUGAGUGCAAUGAUGGAAGACUGACACGUACCCCCAAAUGUUGUCACAGGUUGGCAUCAUAUACAAUUGGAUGCUAAGGCUGUAUCACUAAGGGAGAGAUACUGGGGCCUUUGGAUUUCCUCUCAACUGACUGGAAACUUUUGAGCGACAACAAAGUUGUGAUGAUGCUGAUAAACAAUGUGUUGGAAGUGUCUCAUAUGAAAUUCCUCACAACGUCCUUAAUUUUCCAUUCUGAUUAGUGAUUCAUUUAUUGUUUUAGCAGUAGAACAAACCAAUGCAUGUUGCUUUUUAUUUGGAUCUAUAUAUAUAUAUAUAUAUAU